UAUACGCAAUAUCUUCGAAAAAAACGAGUUAUUUCGUCCGAACAUUUAGCUAAAGCGAGUCGCGCUUUGAAAUAACCGUAGUUACAGGCAGCUCGUUUUCGCAUGCCGGGUCACCACUGUACGUCUGAAGCCUUUGCUGGCUUCUUACCGCCGGGCUUUAGCUUUAAUAAAUUUCAACCUUACCAUAGUUAAUAUACGUCCCUAAACUUCCAUUAACACCACUAUCAAUUAAAGCGAUAAUAUGAUCUGACUGGGGCACGAGGGAAGUGGAAGAUACCGCCUAUUGAGAGGUUUUUAUCCACGCAGGGCUUAAAGUCAGCAGAGCCAUGAUGCGCCUUUGAGGACAUCUUGAUCACAUGGGUAAUGCUCCUAUCCACUGCUGACCCCAUGGUUUAAUCACCAGGACUAAAAAUGAGCAUUAGCAGCGAUGAGGUCAACUUCCUGGUUUACCGAUACCUGCAAGAGUCAGGCUUCUCCCACUCAGCUUUCACCUUUGGCAUAGAGAGCCACAUCAGCCAGUCCAACAUCAAUGGAGCGCUGGUGCCCCCUGCUGCCCUCAUCUCCAUCAUUCAGAAGGGCCUGCAGUACGUGGAGGCUGAAGUCAGCAUCAACGAGGAUGGGACCCUUUUUGACGGGCGGCCCAUCGAGUCGCUGUCUCUCAUCGAUGCGGUGAUGCCAGACGUGGUGCAGACGAGGCAGCAGGCCUACAGGGACAAGCUGGCCCAGCAGCAAGCGGCCGCCGGCAGCAGCGCCGCAGCCCAGGGAAAUGCCAAGAACGGAGAGGGGGCGGCAAACGGGGAGGAGAACGGCUCGCACGCUCUCGCCAAUCACCACUCGGAGAUGAUGGAGGUGGACAGGGACGUGGAGAUCCCACAAAACAAAGCCAUGGUGUUGAGGGGCCACGAGUCGGAAGUCUUUAUCUGUGCCUGGAACCCGGUGAACGACCUGCUCGCCUCAGGGUCUGGAGACUCGACAGCACGCAUCUGGAACCUGAGCGAGAACAGCACCAGCGGAUCCACCCAGCUGGUCCUGAGACACUGCAUUCGAGAGGGGGGGCAGGACGUCCCCAGCAACAAAGAUGUCACCUCGCUGGACUGGAAUAGUGAAGGAACGCUGCUGGCAACAGGAUCCUACGACGGCUUUGCCAGAAUCUGGACGAAAGAUGGAAACCUGGCCAGUACGUUGGGUCAACACAAAGGCCCAAUAUUUGCACUCAAGUGGAAUAAAAAAGGAAACUUCAUCCUCAGUGCAGGUGUAGACAAGACAACAAUCAUUUGGGACGCUCACACAGGAGAGGCCAAGCAGCAGUUUCCUUUUCACUCGGCACCUGCUCUGGACGUGGACUGGCAGAGCAACAACACGUUCGCCUCCUGCAGCACCGACAUGUGCAUCCAUGUGUGCAAGCUGGGUCAGGACAGACCUGUCAAGACCUUCCAGGGACACACGAACGAGGUCAACGCCAUCAAGUGGGAUCCCACCGGCAGCCUGCUGGCGUCCUGCUCUGACGACAUGACCCUGAAGAUCUGGAGCAUGAAGCAGGACUCGUGCGUUCACGACCUGCAGGCUCACAACAAAGAAAUCUACACCAUCAAGUGGAGCCCCACGGGCCCCGGGACCAACAACCCCAGCGCCAACCUGAUGCUGGCCAGCGCGUCCUUUGACUCAACGGUGCGUUUGUGGGACGUGGAGCGGGGCGUGUGCAUUCACACCCUCACCCGCCACCAGGAGCCGGUCUACAGCGUGGCCUUCAGUCCCGACGGCAAGCACCUCGCCAGCGGCUCCUUUGACAAGUGUGUCCACAUCUGGAACACCCAGACGGGGGCUCUAGUUCACAGCUACAGAGGGACGGGGGGGAUCUUUGAGGUGUGCUGGAACGCCACGGGGGACAAAGUGGGAGCCAGUGCAUCGGAUGGAUCGGUGUGUGUGCUAGAUUUGAGGAAAUGACGCUCGUGUGGGGGAGCCAUGGACCGACUACGAAUGUGUACAUAGCCAAAUGACUGUCUGCCCGUCUGCCACACUGCUGUAGUCCUUUCAGACGCCAUGGUUCGCCGCCCCUCCCCCCCGCCGCCGCCUCCUCCGGCGCUCAUGUACAUGCGCUCAUCGUCCAUUCAGUGUUUCUCCAUUUCCAGCUGUGGCUCCACAGAUCUGCAGCAAAGGAAAGUCUGUCAAACCAAAACUCCAGGAUUCUCUGAGCUUUUUCUCUCCUGUUUUGAGAACUGUAAAGACUGUGUUGCUGUUGAGGUGUGCAUAUUGCAUAUGUCAGCGUUUGGUGUCCCGUGGACAUUGUUCUGUUGGGUUUGGACUUCACUGCUCCCUAUAGCAUCCGUGUUGCAUGUGUGGGCUGGGAGAGAAGAGAGGGAAAGAUGAGCCGCUCACAGAGGA